AUGUGCAACGGCAAGGUGGAGCGGCGGAUCGGUCCCAUCAGGGAAGGGGGGCGAGCGACGGUGGAGGAGGCCGUGCACCUGUUCCCCGACAUCCAAUUCCCUACGAAGGCCCUCACGUUAGACGCCAUCUACCCGGAGGCUUUUGCGUGGAUGUCGGAUUGCAUCAAAGUUCUCGCGCAGCUUGACCAGAAACCGCACAUGCGGUGCCCGAAUAAACUGCCCUACCAUAAGCGUCCUCUCCGCGCCCCGCUGCCGUUUCUGAUGCCGGUUUUUCACCAUGCCCGGCGCUCCUCCAAGAUCGAGGCGAAAGCGAAACGCUGCUUCUACCUAAACAGCAGCGUCGGUCACUCGCAGGACUCCUACAAGGUCCUCUACGCCUCGGGCCUUGCGCGAUACACCACAGAUGUCUUCUUCGGCUACAGCAGGCGCCCGCGCUUCAGCGGUGUUGUGGCAACGUACGGCGGCGGCGCCGCGCGAGAUCCGUGGGCAGACGGCGGACUUGACAAGGCGAUAGCAGCCGUUCGCGGCGGCGGCAGCGGCGGUGAUGAAGGCCGCACCGGCGGCGGGGGGCACGGCAGCAGCGGGAGCAGCAGCGUCAUCCCCGGUCGCCGCUUUGGUGCCGGGCUCUCGGACGGACGCAGCGGCGGUGGCAACGGCGGCGGCGGCAGCGGCGGCGGCGGCGGUGGCGGUGAUGGAGGAGAUGACGACGCCCGUGGCGUGCAAACUUGGGUCAGCGACCGCGAUGCGCCCGACAGCAGCUUCGUCAUCGACCCCGACCGGCGGGACCCCGACCCGCGCCGGCUCCCGCGCGCGCCACACAUGCAGACCCAGCAGCAACGUCAUCAGGUCACCCCCUCCGUCACGAGGUCAUCGGCGCGGCGCUUGGCCGCCGCUGGGCCUCUACCGCGAUCACCGGGGGUGUUGGUGAUGCUUGCGAUGGCGGAAGACUUCGACGCGUGGAUGGACAAUGAGCGUUGCUAUGGGGGUCCGGAACUGCCGGAUGGGCCUGCGAGCGAGCGUGUGACCCCGACGGCGUUGGCGGAGGCGCACUCGGGCGAAGACAGCGACAUCUGGUACAGCGCUGAGGACGCGGAGUUCACCGAACAUCUCGAGGCGGAGACUUUUUCGCUGGGCAGGCUCGCGUUCGUUCAAUUCAAGCCGGAAAAGGAUGUGUACAUUCGUUUGCCGAAAGGUUGUGGCUCUCUGUCGGGUAAAGCUGUCAAGCUUGCCCGUAGCCUGUACGGUCUGAAUCAAGCGUGCCGCAUGUGGCAUUUCCAUUUGUUCCGAGCAAUGAAGCGUCUUGGGUUUGAGCAGUGUGCUGCUGAUGCUUGCGUCAUGCGUCUGACUGAGAAUGGUGUUGUGACAAGGUGUUGGCUGAAGCUUGAGGACUUUGGCGAUGCAGAGCCUGGUGUUCUUGAGCCUUUUCGGUCUUUGGUAGGACACUUGAUGUGGCUGGCGAAUCGAACUCGCCCGGACAUUCUCAAUGCAGCGCGAGUUGUGGCGAGGUUCGCGGUCGGUCUUGGUAUCACGUAUCAGCACGUGACGGAGGGAGGUGUCUCGUUUUACCUUUUCGUUGCCUCCGAUUACGCGAGCAACGCAACUGACCGGCCGUCGGUUUCUGGUGCGGUUGUGAUGUGUGCGGGUGCGUGUGUGUCGUUUUCGUCGCGGACGUAG